AGUAGCAGAAGUUCAAGUCGUGAUAGUGCCUAUUCCACCAAAGGGAGCGGGGGCGCAGUGGAGUACGGCUGAGUUGAAGGACAUGAUUGGAGAGAAAUGCAAAAGUAUUUAUGAAGAUCUCGAGGCGAAUGGUGUGCGUGUGGUUUUGGACGAUCGCGAGGAUAAAACGCCGGGGUAUAAAUUCAAUCAUUGGGAGCUCAAGGGCGUACCACUUCGUAUUGAAGUUGGCGCUAAGGAUCUCGAAAAGGGUGUGGUGACGUUUGUACGUAGAAAUACUGGGAGGAAAUCACAGGAAGCGAAGCACGCUUCGGUGGAGGUAG